GUAAAGCCCUUCUUCGGCGACACCAGCGAGAUCGCCCACGACCCCGAGAUUGACAUGGUGGUGGUAGCCGUCAAUGCUCCUUACAUGAAGAAGGCGCUGAUGCCUGAGACUGACGCGAAGAAGGACUUCUUCAUCGAGUGGCCUAACGGCAUCAGCCUCGAUGAAGCCGAAAUCGCCGACGCAGCGCGG